AUGGAUCUUCAGGAGAUAUCUGUGUCAUUCAAAGAUGUGGUUGUGGGCUUUACUCAAGAGGAGUGGCACCGGCUGAAUCCUGCACAGAGGGCCCUGUACCGAGAUGUGAUGUUAGAGACCUACAGCAAUCUGGUCUCAGUGGGUUAUGAAGGCACCAAACCAGAUGUGAUCCUUAGACUGGAACAGGAAGAAGCACCAUGGAUUUGUGAGGCAUCAUGCCCAGGCUGCUACUGUCGGGAAGAUAUAUGGCAAGUUGAUGUCCAGAGGAAGAGACAGCAAGACAGGCAAGGUGCAUUCAUCAGCAAGAAAGCACUGUCCAUGAGAAAAAUCCGUGAAUGUAAUAAGUUUGGGAAAAUAUCACUUCGGAGCACUGAUCUUUUUCCUUCAAUUCAAAGGCCCAGUAACUGGGAUCCUUCUGGAAAGAGUUUGAAUGAUAACUUAGACUUGGUUGGUUUGAAGAGGAAUUAUGCAAGAAAACAAGAUGAGUGUUAUGGAUAUGGGAAAUUGUUGCAAUGCAGCAACCAUGAUAAAAGAUCUAAUGGAGAAAAAUCCUGGGGAUGCAGUCACUGUGAGAAAGCUUUCAGCCAUAACCCAGCACUUAUAUAUAAAUCAGCAGUGACUAAUUCUCUUGUGUACAAACGAAAGAGGAUUCCACCUACAGAAAAACCUCAUGUCUGUAGUGAGUGUGGGAAAGCCUUUUGCUAUAAGUCUGAAUUCAUUAGGCAUCAGAGAAGUCACACAGGGGAGAAGCCUUAUGGAUGCACUGACUGUGGGAAAGCCUUUUCACAUAAAUCAACCCUAAUUAAACACCAGAGAAUUCACACAGGGGUAAGGCCUUUUGAAUGCUUUUUUUGUGGGAAAGCCUUUACACAGAAGUCACACCGCACAGAACAUCAGAGAACACAUACAGGAGAGAGACCUUUUGUGUGCAGUGAAUGUGGAAAGUCAUUUGGUGAGAAGUCUUACCUCAAUGUACAUCGAAAAAUGCAUACUGGAGAAAGACCCUACCGUUGUAGAGAAUGUGGAAAAUGCUUUAGCCAAAAGUCAUGCCUCAAUAAACAUUGGAGGACUCAUACAGGAGAAAAACCCUAUGGGUGCAAUGAAUGUGGCAAAGCUUUCUACCAGAAGCCAAACCUAAGUAGACACCAGAAAAUACAUGCUAGAAAGAAUGCUUACAGGAAUGAAAAUUUAAUGAUUGUGGGGAAUCCUUGAUUACCAGUACACAGUUUCACUGGGUAUAGGAAUUGAUCCUGAAAGAUUUUAACAACUUAAUGAAGUUAGGUAGAAUGUUUUAUCAAAAGGAAAGUCGUACUGCAAUUAUGAUAAAACUUUAAGGGAAAGACUAUGGAAAAUACUUUAUAAAAUAUUGUAUAAACAUGUUUACUCUGACAUAAAAUUUUAAAGUAUAUUGAAUAACAACAGAUUACAAAAUGUAUGUGAAAAGACUUAGAAGUAUAUGAUGGUACUUUCCUCAGUGUAAUACAUAAUAAUUAUUUAUAUUUUUAAAUUGUUAACGUGAAUCACAUAAAUUGUGAAUAUCAAAUCUAUAUAUCACACAGUACAUGGAAUGCCAUCUUCCCCUUCUUCCCCCACACCAGUUUUUCAUUCUAAAUAUCACCAUUUUCUUUUCAUGUCUUAACAGUACAGAAAACCAAUAAUACAAUGGUAAGAGCCUCAACAAAAUAGACCAGGUACAUGUUCUCCAUCUUGCUUAUAAUAAAUGUCAAUGGGUUUCACAUUUGUUAUUGAGCCCUUCUCUGAAAGAGAAAGUAAUGUUUUUAAUGUUGUCUGGUUA